AUGUACUUCCAAGGAUACGAAAGCGCAUUUGUGGCUUCAAAAGCUCUGAAGAAAUGCAGCCGGAGGAGGAGGGGUCUUGAUAUCUUCGUGUCCGCAGCAAUUAUCGAAGCUCAGGCAAAUGGUUGGCAAGCCGGCGUCCACCAGCGUAUCUUCGCCAUGGGUCCUCGACAGCUGCAGACUUUCCUGAGCAAGACGGUGGCACCGCAGAUUAUUGAUGUCGAUGAUGAAGUCCGAAGUCAUGGACAGGUGGGGCUCGUCGUAGACUUUCCUGCCUUUACAUUCUGGCUACUCGGGUACCACAACAACGAGAUAGUUGCCUCAGACCUCGGUCGCGUCACCGCUCUGGCCCGAAGGUUGGUCGAAGGGCUUGCCAGCCGCGGAGUACGGUUUCACUUUGUUGAGGAUGGUGCGCAGGGCUGCAAUGGGCCUGAGGAGAUGGAAUCCAAGCUGACGGAGUUGAAAUCGCGCUUUGCCCAACGUCAGGCUGACAGAGCAAAACUGAAGCAUUUCUUGGAAGGCACUGAUUGCGAUCCGGGGCAAAUCCACGGUGGGCCCCUCUUUGCUGACGCAGUUCGUGCUGGGAUUCGGGAGGCUGGCGCUUCUGUGCAACUUGCACAUGGAGAAGCGGAUCCUGAAUGCGCUCGUGCUGUGGAGCAGACAAAAGCACUGGCUGUUCUUGGCAAUGACACGGACUUUGUCAUCAUGCAGGGUGGUGCCAAGCUUGCUCUCAUUUCCAACUUUCUUGCUAGCCGACUCGUGACCUUCCAGAACUUUGAUCCGCAUUUCGCCGUUCUCCCCGCCCUGUUGGAUUUGCGAAACAUCAAGGAGCCUGAGCCUUUCAGAAGCGCCAGGGAUAGCCUGCAGCUUCGGUUCCAAUCCACAACAGGUCCUGGGGCGCAGCACAGGGGUGUGCUGAGAGUCAGCAACAGCCACUGUUCAUCCGCUUCGAAGGACUUGCAAGGCGAGCGCCAGCACGAGAAGAAGUUUGUCCUGAAGGCUUUGCCUGCAGGGAAUUCAAGUCCACAAUGA